AUGAUUGUUUUGAAUUUUUGUUUGCUUGCAUCAAAAGAUUUUUAUUCAGGGGGUGGGACCGAUGGCUGUAAUUUUGUUUUAUCAAAUGAUGUUCUUCCAGUUCCUAGUGGUCCUCCUCGCAAAGUCGAGGUAGAGGCUGUGAAUUCGACAUCUGUUAAAGUGUUCUGGCGCUCCCCGGUGCCUAACAAGCAACAUGGUCAAAUUCGUGGAUACCAGGUCCAUUAUGUGAGGAUGGAAAAUGGAGAACCCAAAGGCCCACCCAUGCUAAAGGAUGUCAUGCUGGCUGAUGCACAGUGGGAAUAUGAUGAUACUACUGAACAUGAAAUGAUCAUCCCUGGACUGCAGCCUGAAACAGCAUAUGCCAUCACUGUGACAGCUUAUACAACAAAAGGGGAUGGUGCUCGUAGCAAGCCUAAAGUUGUGACUACAAGUGGUGCAGUUCCAGGCAAACCUCGGCUUGUCAUUAACCACACCCAAAUGAAUACUGCUCUCAUUCAGUGGUAUGCACCAGUGGAAUCCUUUGGCCCUCUCAUGGGCUAUCGUCUGAAAUAUGGUCGCAAAGAUGUGGAUAUUCUCACUACACUAGAGUUCUCAGACAAAGAAGAUCACUUCACAGCCAAAGAAAUCCACAAAGGAGCAUCAUAUGUCUUUAAGCUAUCAGCCAGAAACAAAGUGGGCUUUGGGGAAGAAAAUAUACAAGAAAUUACUAUACCAGAGGAUGUUCCAAGUGGAUUUCCUCAAAACCUGCAUUGUGACAGCAUGUCAUCAACUUCAGUGCAGAUAACAUGGCAACCUCCCAUCUUAGCAGAAAGGAAUGGUGUAAUCACAAAAUACAUUCUCCUGUACAGGGACAUCAAUAAUCGAUAUCAUCCAACUGAAGUGCCCAUUGUACCUGCCGACACAACUGUGACUCUUACCACCUUAAAACCCGAUACCAUUUAUGAUGUUAAAAUACGUGCUUACACAAGCAAAGGUCCCGGUCCUUUUAGUCCAAGUGUCCAAUUCAGGACGCUGCCAGUAGAUCAAGGUAGGAUUUGUCUGCUUAAGUCUCUGUCCUUAGCGGAGUAUCUUUUCUUGGGAAAACAGGGUAUGGAAGUGCUUGCUAAUCCUGGUGAAACUUCUUAUGUUAUUAGGGCUACAAUUCCAUAA